AUGUCGGCUCAUAUCAAAAUUCUUUGUUGGAACUGUCGUGGGGUGUUUAACCCCCGUACUAUUGAUCGGAUUAAUGAUUUCAUUCGACGUUUCAAACCUUCUAUUAUCUGUCUGGUUGAGACAAAAACUGAUCAUUCUCGCUCUCUUCGGUUUUGCAACAGGUUUGCUAAGCAUUGGGAGUGGGCGGCCAUUCCGGCUUAUGGUUUAUCGGGAGGCAUCAUCACCCUUUGGUCUCGCUGCCUUGGCAGGGUGACUCCUGUCGCUGCUACUUCUAUGUCCCUUAACUUAGUGAUUACCUCCAUGGAUGGCCCUUGGAUCCUCUCCAUUGUUUAUAACUUCCAGAUUCUGGCUUUUCAGAAAACCCUUUGGAACACUCUCUCCAGAAUUAGUGGCACUCGCCUACCUUGGAUCCUUACGGGUGACUUUAAUGCGGUUCUCUCUGAGUCGGAAUUUCAUGGCGGAUCUCGCUUCACUUGGUGCAAUAACCGGACAGGGUUGGCUUGCCGCUGGGCACGUCUUGAUCGGUUCCUCAUCAACAGUGAUUGGGCUACUCACUUCUCUUCUAUCCAUAAUCGUCAUCUCCCGAGAGCUUCUUCUGAUCACUCCCCCCUGUUGCUGGAGGCUCGCUCUUAUGCACAUUCCAAAAACCCUGUUUUUCACUUUGAUAACUACUGUUCCUCCUCUCCCAUAUAUUCUUUCCAUCACUGUAUUAGUCGUGCUAAGCAUAACCUCAUUGCUUGGCAUGUUGCAAGUUUAAGACCUAUUGAUAUUGAAAUCACGAAUCUAGAAGCGGAGAUCACUGCUACAGAAGAGCGUGAUCUUUCUCUUCCGGAUCCGUGGAAUCAUCUUUGGCUCCGUUCCUUACGCAAUCGUCUUACUGCCCUUUUGCGUCAGAAUUCCAUCUUCUGGGCUCAGCGAGCACGGAUGCAGUGGAUUAACCAGGGGGAUGUCAACUCUGCGUUCUUUCACCGGGUCGUCAGGGCCCGCCAGGUUAAAUCUAAAAUUCAUUCCCUUAGAGAUAAUAAUGGCAAUAUUUUUACUCUUCAUGAUGAUAUUGAGAAUGAGUUUCUUUCCUUCUAUCAUAAUCUUUGGGCUUCUUCCUCUUCCCCUACUCUUGAUUAUGUGUUGUCUGUCAUCCCGGAUGAUCUUCCUGCGCUUCUGUUUGAUGACAAGGACGAGUUGAUCAAACCUGUCACCAAGGGGGAGGUGUUCCGAACCCUUAGGUCCAUGUCGCGUGGAAAAUCUCCGGGCCCGGAUGGUUUUAAUGCUGAGUUUUAUCUCUUUUACUGGAAUAUUUUGGGAGAUCACAUCUUUAAAGCCAUUACUCAUUUUUUUGACACUGCCAAAAUUCCUAAUUCUUGGGGUAAAACUUUUGUUGUUUUUAUUCCUAAAAUUGAGCAUCCUCAAAAAGUUUCUGACUUUCGCCCUAUUUCUCUUUGCAAUGUUUGCUAUAAAAUUGUUUCUAAAGUUCUUGCUGCUAGACUCAAAAUUGUUCUCCCCGAAUUAAUUGGCCCUGAGCAUACGGGUUUUCUUGCUGGUAGAUCUACUGUUGACAACAUCCUUGUUGUUCAGGAGAUUGUUCAUUCCAUGGAAACUGACAAAACUAGCCCCCCUAGGAUGCUUUUAAAGGUAGACAUUGAGAAGGCCUUUGAUACUAUCAAUUGGAACCUGAUCCUUGCAACCCUCCAAAGAAUGUGCUUUCCCGCUAUUUGGAUUAAAUGGAUUGAGUCUUGUCUUUCUUCAGCUUUCUUUUCUCUUCUUAUCAAUGGCCGGCCCUCUAGAUGGAUCACUAGCUCUCGUGGUGUCCGUCAGGGUGACCCCAUUUCCCCCCUUCUCUUUAUUCUUGCUUCUCAAAAUCUCUCUGCCAUCCUCAAUCAUGCUCUCUAUAUUAAUUUCAUUCCUGGGUUUGAUGUUCGGCUCACGCGGAACAUCAACCAUCUCAUGUUUGCUGAUGAUCUUCUCAUAAUCUCUAAGGCCUCUAGGCAAUCCGCUAGAAACAUCCUUUUCUGCCUAAACUUGUAUGCUUCUAUUUCUGGCCAGAAUCCCAACCUUAACAAAUCUGCUCUUUUUCUGCCCAGUUGGUUUAACAGGAAGAUUUCCAAAUCUAUUGCCUUAAUUCUUAACAUCAAGGUUGGAAAUUUUCCUUUUACAUAUUUGGGAGCUCCUAUCUCUCCCUUUCGCCUCCCUGUUCACCAAUUCCGAUCUCUUGUCAAUAACGCUGAGGCUGCUAUUAGUAAGUGGAACCAUUCCCCCAUUUCGCAGGCUGGGCGAAUCACUCUUAUUAACUCUAGUAUUUUCUCGCUUCCUGUUUACUUCCUUUCUAUUUUCCAUCUCCCGGACUCAAUUCUGGAUUCCAUCUCUAAGUUGGCUCGCAGAUUUCUUUGGGGUAGGCAUGGCGGGGGUCAGAGUUUCCAUUCUAUUGGUUGGCAUGUUUCUACUCUUUCUAAAUCUGAGGGGGGUUUAGGCCUGCGAAACCUUAGAAAUGCCCGUACUGCUCUCAUGGCCAAACAUGCUUUCUCUAUCGCAAAUAAUUCUGAUAAAAUUUGGGUUUCCAUCUUCCUUCACAAGUAUCCACACUGGUGCAUUUGGAACAGCUGCUCUCAUUCUUCUGAUUCUAGUUUGCACAAAGCUAUUUCAAAAACAAUGUCUGUCAUUAAACAAAACUUUCAUCUUGCUACUUGUAAUCCAAAUCUGGUUAAUGUUUGGGAGGAUCCUUGGCUCCUGGAUCUCCCUCUUAAUUACAAGCCCACUUUUAUCAAUAUGAAUGUCAUUGAUGACCUUGCAGUCAAUUCUUUUAUCUCUGAGAAUACCUUUAAUUCAAAUGCUUGCUCUGAGCUUUUUGGUGGCAGCCUGAGCAGAGUUGUGCUUAAUGAGACCAAUUUUGACAUCCAUGCUUCUAAUGAUUGGGUCUGGCGACCCAUCUCAUCCAAAGCCACUACUGUGGCUGUUGUCUAUGACUUUGUUAAUUCUGGGAGGACUUCUCAGUUGGUUUGGAAUGGGUGGCAAAUCAUUUGGAAAUUGAAGGUUGUCCCUCGUGUUAAGGUUUUCCUGUGGAAACUGGCCCAUGGGAAGCUUCCAACUGGCAAUUAUCUCUUUAACCUUAACAUUGGACCUGUCUCUCUUUGCCACUUUUGUAAUAUUCAUCCUGAAAACUCUACUCACCUUUUCUGGGAAUGCAGGAAUUCUGUUAGUUGUUGGUUGAUUACCUUAAACUGGCUGGGUUUGGACCACUCCUUCCUUACUCAACUUAAACAGGGCUCUUGGCUCACCUGCAACUUACAUUGUAACAUCAAAUGUGAUUUUGCCAAAGCUUUCCUUGCAUCUGUGGCAUACCACAUCUGGUCUGCUAGAUGCAAUUUUCUCUUCCGGCAAAUUUCGGCAAACUUCAACUUGAUCCCUUCCAAAGCUUGGUCAGCUACUCAUGACUACUUCACUGCUCAUGGCCUUAUUCAGACUCAUUUCUCUAUUUAUUCCAGGCCUGCCCAACUCUCCAUUUCUGUCUCUACUGAUGCGGCAUGGGACUCUAAUUCAGGAUCUGUCGGUGUAUCCUGUGCUUCUGCUCUUGAUGCAGAGCUUCUUGCUAUUCUUUUUGCCCUGGAUCAUUGCUCUCACUCUGGUUGGACUCCUUCAAAUCUCUACACUGAUUGCCGUUCUGCAGUUCAUCUUCUUCAGCAUUUCAACAAUAUCACUGCUUGGCGUUGCUCUGUGACAAUCCAAUCCAUCAACCGGAUUGUGCACCAGUGGCCUGACUUCUACUUUGAUCAAAUUAGCCGUGACUUCAACUCCUUUGAUGAUCGGCUUGCCCACUUUGGCAGUUCAAAUCCACAACUUUCGUAG